AAGUCCAUUUCUCUUUUCCUCCUCCCUCUCUGUUCCACUAGCUGAAAAGCCAAUAAAAAAAAUCUCCUCCUCCCCAGUUCAGUGCAAGAUUUAUGUGCAUUUCUCCUACGCCUGUUUUGAGAUCCAGAAGGGAGUGAAAGUAGUUAAUGUGCAAAAGGAACCUGAAUUUCAGACACAAACCUGUAUCUUUCCAUUGAUCCUGAUGAUAUGCUAUAAGCUAAAUAUUAAACACUUUUUUGAUCAAUUGAAGUCCACCCUGGGGAGAAGAAACAGUUAAUGAAAUGUCUCAAAUAUACUUGCAAUCACCUAAUCAGACUUUGUGUACAUCUGUGGAUGGUACAGAACUGAAAUCAAGCUCUGAUAAUGAAACCACGAAUGAAAAAUGGACUGAAGACUCUUUUCCAGGACUAGAAAUACUCUGCACAAUUUAUGUUACAUAUGCUGUGAUCAUUUCAGUGGGUCUCCUUGGAAAUGCAAUACUCAUCAAAGUUUUUUUCAAGAUUAAAUCAAUGCAGACAGUUCCCAACAUCUUCAUCACCAGCCUGGCAUUUGGAGAUCUGCUGCUUUUGUUAACAUGUGUGCCUAUAGAUGCAACACGUUACAUUGUGGAUACCUGGCUAUUCGGAAGAAUUGGGUGCAAGCUGCUGUCUUUUAUCCAGUUAACAUCAGUUGGAGUAUCAGUGUUUACCCUGACUGUUCUCAGUGCUGACAGGUACAGAGCCAUUGUUAAACCCUUGGAACUGCAGACUUCAGAUGUGCUCCUGAAGACAUGCUGUAAAGCUGGCUGUGUUUGGAUUGUCUCCAUGAUAUUCGCUAUCCCAGAGGCUGUUUUUUCAGAUCUUUAUUCUUUCAGCAAUCCUGAGAAAAAUGUGACUUUUGAGGCGUGUGCCCCCUAUCCUGUAUCUGAGAAGAUCCUGCAGGAAGCUCACUCCUUGGUUUGCUUCUUAGUGUUCUAUAUUGUGCCCUUAGCCAUCAUUUCUGUCUACUACUUUCUUAUUGCCAGAACUUUAUACAAAAGUACAUCCAACAUGCCAGCAGAAGAACAUGGUCAUGCCCGUAAGCAGAUUGAAUCCCGCAAGAGAGUUGCAAAGACAGUGCUGGUGCUAGUGGCUCUCUUUGCCUUCUGCUGGUUGCCCAACCACAUCCUCUACCUGUACCGCUCUUUCACAUACCACACUUCUGUCGAUGCUUCCACCUUUCAUCUGAUGGCAACUAUUUUUUCCCGCACCUUGGCUUUCAGCAAUUCUUGUGUCAACCCUUUUGCUCUUUAUUGGCUGAGUAAAAGUUUCCGACAACAUUUUAAAAAGCAAGUCUCAUGCUGCAAGGUAGCAUUCUGUGCAAAGCCUCCCAGUGCUCCUCAGAGCAGCUCUCCUACCAGAGCCCUGUCAGUCACAGGCAGCAUGCAAGGCUCAGAAAUCAGUGUUACACUGCUAACGGAUUAUAGCAUCACAAAAGAAGAGGAAAGUGUUUAGUCCAUGUGGAAUGAAGAAGGACAGAAAUUGAGUCGUGAUCAAGUCACUGCUACUGGGAUCCUGGAAAGAGGUGCAUGGCUUACUCUGACACUGAAAGUGUGUUCAUCAGGAGUUCCUCAUUUUUCAAAAUACAGAAUAAAGAAAUCAAAUUGUGUGGGGGAAGAAGCUGCAACAGCUGAACUUUCCAGCAUAAGCUCAAAGGGAUUACUCAUGUUCCCAGGCAUGAACAUGAUUCCUAGCUGGGAUUCUGGGACUGGGCAGGAGAGGACUUAGUAGAGUCGGUGCAAGAAUUGGUUGUAAGGAUGAUUUUGUUCUUGGUGACUCACUCUUUGAGUCAUGACUGAGGCCUCCCUCUGACAACUACUUGCAUCGACAGCAAGCAAGCAAAGCCACUUGGUCAUAAUAUGAUCAACCAGGCACACUUUGGAUUAAUUUAUUUUCUUGUCCUGAAUAUUAAAAAUGAGUAAUCAUAUGAGAAAGAAUGCUAAAAUGAAAGAAGGCUAAGGUUUGUAGCACUGCGAAGUAAAAAAAGAAAAAGCAUUAUGGGGCAGAUCCACAGUAGCUCUUGCUCUGUCAGUUACUUAGAAAUUUUAGGUAAGAGCUGACUGUAGUGAGAUGGAUAUUCCUAAGGAAGUCAAAGGAAUGAGAAGGUGAUCAUCUCUCUGAGAAAGUUAUAAUCACCUUUAACCACACUUGUAAAAUUCUUUGUGAUAUAUGGGUAAAACAUCUUGAUAGUGCAGAGUUCUUUAUCGAAGUGCUCAAACAUUCCCUCCUGCCUUACUUUAUAUCCCAAAGUGGCGCAACCUGGAUUUCUCUCAGAUGGAACCCUGUGUCCAAUCCACCAAACCAGACUAGAGUGAGUUUGAAGUGAAAAAUGUACGGAGUGGAGAGUCAAACUGACCCUUUACCUGCACAGAUCCACUCCUUCUGUAGUGUAUGUGGUUGUAUCUAAGUGGUCUACACAUAUUCAAGCACACUGAAGAGCUGGAUUUUUCUACUAUACUAAUUUUUCAUUCUUUAAGUUGUAUCCCUUUUUAAUAUUAGGAUAGGCUAUCUUAAUGCCAUAAGCCUUCUAAGCUCAAUUCCACUGAUUUUAUGACUGGGCUUGCAGAGGCAAAUUAGGACAGCCUGUCCAUGUUCAGCAGCACUGCUGGCAGGGUCUGCUUUUCCAUCAGUAAGUACAAGAGGCAAGUCUUCCUACCCCAUGUUACAAAAUAUUUGAGUGACACUUAUUUUUAUGAAUUUUGUGUUGCCUGAACCAGAAUUUUGUUCUGUGGAAGCUGGUGAUAGAAAACACAAUAGAUUCUCCAUUGUUUAAACUAAGGGAUUCUAUUCCAAAAAAGAAUUUGUGCUUUAAAAAUAGAACAAAAGCUGCAACAUAUGAAUUAAAAGAAUUCUGUCAGUCACAGAAGCUUCAAUUUUAACAAACCCUUGAAGGUAUAGCCCCCCUUCAACUGCACAGAGCCCCUUAGCAACAUAUGGCUGGAAAUCUAUCCAGUCAUUCACCAUUAACCAAGUUGAUUAUAAAAUGAAAAAAUAUAUUUACAGACUCUCUCUGUUGCCAGCUCUAAUCAGAAAAAUAAAGCUAAACUAUAAAUCCCAGGGGAAUUACAAAACAACUUCUGUUGUCAUGUUAAUAACAGACCAGUUUAAUCCCAUCACACCUGCCCUUGUUUUACUACAGUCCUCAUGUUACAAGCUGCAAGGCUACAAGCACUAUUCUCAAAUGGAUUGCACCAAUUUCAUACUAGGAUAGGAUCACUGAAAUAAAUGGAAAUUCAAUAGCACAGAAAUACAAUUUAUGGCACAGCAGACUCCAGAGACCUUAUUUUACUCUCUUUGUCCCAGUGUAACAAAUUGCCUGGUAGAGAGUUAUGUACAAAUAUGAGAAGCAUGUUGCACUGCUAUUUUCUUCUUCUCUGUUUCCUUCAUGGAGCUGCAUCAUGAGACUGAUAUAAGUAGAUAAGCCUACAAACUUAUGAACCCAACAUUUAUCUUCCUGCAUCUUACUAUAGGGAAUUCUAAAAAAAAUAAAUAUUCAUCAAAAACAGCAUCGCUUACAGCAUUCUUUAUUGUAGCUUAGUAAUGCCUUUGGGAAACAGAUGUUUCUGGACUUCACAAUUUGUCAGAGACCAAAUUUCCCACUUCAAAAUCUUUGGCUACACCUCACAGUAGCCCUUAAAACCCAGUUUCCUAAUUCACAAUUUUUCUUCCUUUGCAUGCAGCUACUUUUUGCUUGUAUAACUACCCCUUUAACUGGAUUGUCUUUCUACUGCUAAUAUACCCUGUUAAAAAAUGGAUGAUUUUGCUAUGUUCUGGAAAUGUUCUGUUUAAAGACUAGCAAUAUUUCAAGCCACCAUUUAAUUAUUCUGUGUACCUUCAAAUCUUCAUGGCAUGAUAAAUAGAAGUGAGAUAUGGGUCAACAUACAUCUUUAUCUAGCCAAUCUGGUAUUAUUCGUUCCAUCUACUCCCUGCAAUAUCAUUAUCCAUAGAAAGUCUCCACAUUACCAUAACUGGAUUUAGUGGAAAAGGGCUGCUUCCUUUGCAAUCUUUUCUCGGUGUUCCAAAACCAGGUUCUUUCACACUUAAGUAAUACAAGUGUACUAUAAGAGUGUAUGGGAAGACCAUCUAUUUACGAAAUAUUGAGUGUUAUCUAGCAAAUAAAAGGGAUGAAUAAUUAGAGGUUCACUGUUUAUGUCCACAGUGUAAGAAUAGGUAGAGAAAAAAGGCACAAAUUAUUGAAAGGCAGACUCCCUCAAAGGUUGUGUUCAUAUGGAGUCAUACUGAGAAAGAAAAUACAAUUUCUAGGUUGUACUUUUUUAUAGUUUGCUUUGUGAAUGAGAUGUACACAUUUCAUGUUCACAUUAACAACAGUUUUAGUAUAAGUUUCUGGUUCACCCCCCUAAAAUCCACAAAAAUUAAGAAACAUAUGUCAAAGCACUGCUAAGGCAUGAAUGACUUGAGUAUAAAAGGUAGUUACACAAUUAUAGCCAUUUUAAAGCUCCCUAUCCUGUCCCCAUAGAAAUUGUUUGAUUUUAUUUUGCAUGGACUGCCUGUUGACAGUCCUGUGUUCCUGUUGAGAAUAUUACAAUUAAAGAAUAACCCGAAUCUACACACAGCUACAGUGCUUACAUAUUGCAAUCACCAUUACUUAAAAAAUGUAAUACAGGCUUUAAUCAACAUUUAGUUGUUGGCUCUGCCACAGAUGGUCCCCUCAGUGCAAGGUGAACUGUGAGGUGGAAUUUCCACGCAUGGGACAGGAUAUUGAAUUUUUAGUACAUGUGUACUGGUUCUGUAAUUUUUCCUACCAUGAAGACUUCUCAUCACUCUCAGUAAUCUGUGUAACAAUCUGCAGGCUCCAGACCCCUGAAAAGCUCAAAGAGGAGUAGCCUGUCUGUACUUAGUCAUUAGUUACUUGAUUUAACAUAACAAAGCAGCUCAGGAAAAGAAUGUCUACCUCACUAAGGAUUAGCCAGCAAAAUGCCAGUUCCCCUAUUAAAGGGACCAAGACAUUUCAAGAAAACCAAUGUAUCAGUAUUUUUAGUACGUGGUUGUCCUGGUUUGAAGGAAAGGUAUCUGCAAAUAAAGGCAGAAGCUUCUCUUUGAAAUGGAGAAUGUAAACCAUGGCCACAUCAACUCAACACAGCGGUACCUCUAGGACAACAUUCAGGUUGCAUCUUUGGAACAUCGAUAAGCUUUGACGGGCCAAAAUUGGCUUGUAUCACACAGACACAGAUAGAGAAUCAUCAUGCUAAUGUCUCCUUUUAAUCUUUACUUUGAGACUUUUUGCCAGGAUUUAAAACACCAUUUCUUGACAGCUUGGACUGAUCUGAGCUGUAGGAACACUUGAGCUCUUUGCACCCUCCUCAGAAGAUGCAGCUUGCAGCAGCAGUGCUUGUGCAGCUAUGACCUAUAUAAUUGCAAGGGUGAGACUGAGAAGAAAGUUGUCUCAAUGCCACAAAAUGAUGAGUUUCCAGCCGAGUAGUCUCCCUGGGCUGUUCACUGUGUCUUUAUGACGGAGGAAGGAGCAGAUGGCAGUGGCACCAUUGGAGGCUGCGCCGCAGCAGCUGCUGUCACACUUUCUGUGAUGUGAAGGAAGUCUGAGGGAACUUGAGGCAGUUUGUUCCCAUAACUGCAUCAAAGUGUGCAGAGAAGAUUUACUGAGCAUUAACCCUGCUACACACAAGUACGCUCUCACUCCCAUUGGAUUGAGAAUAAAUUUGGAUUUCCUGCUCCCCAGGACUAUCCCAGUGCCUCAGUGUAGGCAGAUCUGCACAGUAGGGAAAGCUGUACAGACCUCAGUGCAAUCACUCAGGUAAUAAAUAUUAAAAACCCUGCAAAAAUAAAACAAGCAGUUUAUAUUUGUCUUACAACGUUUAAGGCUAUGAUUAUCUGAUUUCCAAACAUCUACCCAAUUCCAAAUUUUAUAAUCAGGCUCAGUUUAUGUAAAACCUCUCAUGAGCACUCCAAAAUCCAGUAAAUGUUCAAAAGUGAAGACAAAUGUCCCUUAGGUGGUAAGUUUGUAAAGGAUCACAAGGCAAUCUUUGGACAACUACCCUAAUAGCCUUGCCGAGAGAAAAUUCUUGAAGCAUCAAAGAUGUCAUUAUUAAAGUUUUGUUGGGGGUUGAGUGUUUUUCUAUUACUGUGUCAAUUUAAAGAAUUUUUCCCAUUAUUCUGCCAAUGGAGCUGGCCGGUUACACCCAGGAUCUUUGACGACUCUGGACAAAAGGGGUAGGUGGGAUCGGCUUCGAGAGGGGCACUCGUGCUUCCGGAGGGGACUCGUGUUUUUGGGAGCUCGGAGAAGGAACCCCGUCUGCAGCCACGCGGCCGAAUGCAGGAGAGCCAGACCCUCCGCGAUCACCUGCCCUGCAUCUGCCCUGCUUCAGCCUCCUGCCUCUGCGGACACAGCUGACCACCAGAACCCGAACGGUGAGCGAGGAGCUGCUUUCCAGCCCGUUCCCACCUGAGACCGGCGCGGCUGCGGCUGCCGCUCCCGCCUCCGCUCCCGCCUGUUCUCUAGAGAGCGUGCCUGCAGCUAAAGAAAGGACUGGAACCGAGUUAUCUGUUCUGUUGUGUUGGUAAUUGUAACAACUGCUGUUGUUUCUGCUUGUACGGUUAGAUAUAUUAGUAAAAGAGCUGUUAUUCCUACCCCCUUAUCUCUGCCUCAGAGUCUUUGAUUCAAACGUUUAUAAUACUUGGGGGGAGUGGAAUUAAAGUCUCUAUUUCAAAGGAAAACUUCUGCCUUCAUCGGCAGACACCUGUCCUUCAAACUAGGACAGGUUGGAUGUUCUUUGUGCAACAGCCAAAGGCUACUAGAACUCUAUGUCCUCAUUCAUUUCAUCUGACAGCCUGGUGCCCAGGCAGGGAGCUGAUGUUUGUCUCUCCCUGCAGAGCUUCCCAGUCAUGUCUUGGAUUUUAUUAUAAUUCCAGUCUGUAUAUUUGUUCCUGUUAUACUAAUUUCCAAAAAAUUUCUGUUUAUAAUUUUUAUUUCUGAGUGGAAAGAUUGUUUUGCCUCUGGCAACCAGCCACUGCCAGCUUUGCUAGGGCUGUUCAGCUCAGUUUUCUUUAUUAACAUGUACACUGAUAUAUGAGGUUUUAUAGCUCUAGGUUAAGGUUUGCAAAAGAAAACACGGAGAGUGUGCUGCUUCAUCCUCUAAAUAGAAAAACUUUUAAAUACAUUAGCAAUUAAAAUUCAAUUUUGAUGUAAUUCUGUCUGGGCUACACUGUAAAAACCAAAAAAAGUAGAUGACACUAGAUGAAGAGCUUUUAACUGAGGGAAAUUUGUAUUUAAAAUAUUUAAGUAUCCACAGACACAGUAGUAACUGCAGACUGCAUUAAUGCGGAAGGAAUUGAGUGUUUUGAAACCAAAUAGGACGCCAAUAGGAAAUAGUAAGCCAACAGGAUAGCCAAAUAUUGAAGCCAAUAGACCGAAUAGGACGUACCAACCCUUUCCUAAGGGAACACAACCGCUCGACACCCUCAGCCAAGAGGGCAAAGAGAAGCACUGAUUUCUUGACAUUUAGAGUGCCACUUCAAUCCCAUUUUUCUACUUCUGGUUCUAUCUUUGCCUCUAGUAGGACAUGAGUACACUUCCAAUGCCAAACAGCCAGCCCUGCACAGCACCACUGGCAGCAAGCCGCUUCACUGGCUAGUGCUGUCGUAGGCGCAACAAGGAAAAGCAUGCAGCAGGGAGGACUUCCUGUACCCCAAACUUCUAUUUAUCAUGCAAGUAAAGCUGCAGUAGUCCCCGUGCAAAGCCCAUCAAAGUGCAGCCUCUCGCCCAAAGCAGUCUGGGGCGCCACGGGCAGCUGCCCUCAUGCCGAGCCCCUGCUUGUGGUAAAAGAGCGCGGCAUCCUGACGGUGAACAGAAAGGGGAAAAAAAAAAAAACCACAAGAGAAAAAGCGACACGGCCACUGUCGCGACCGCCCCUUCCCACGGGGGACCCACUGACCUCAGGGUCCGCCCAGAAACGGGAAAGCAUACCCCGCCUCCUGCGCGCGCCAGCUCCGAGCUCCCCAGGGUUGGCUCCCCUCCCUCG